CGGCUUUGGCUAGUUCAACUGGGGAUUGAGCACCAAGGCCUGCUGUCCUCUGUCGGUUGCUUCUCAAGCCUACGAACUCGGGGGAAUCGGACGACCUUGGUGGGAACAUGUGGUUCGGGAGAGCCGCUCCCUCUUCUCUGUUGCUGAUCAUUUGUUUGUUGGGGACGGUUCGAGUGGACACAGGCCAAGAUCAGGAUCAUUUGCAGGAGGUCCUCAGAGCCUUGGAUCUACCGCUUGCUGCUGAUGAAGAGUCACGCCUACCAAAGACUCAAAUCAGUUUCCUGCUCGCCACGCUUCUUUUGGCGGUGGACUGCCAAGAGCGGACUGGUGCCUCCCAAGAUGUCUGUGAUAAGUGUUUGAAGCCAGACGUCGUUCUUUCAGUGCUGGAGGAUGAAAAGAAGGCAUAUCUCACAGAGGACGACUUCCAGCGCAUCUCCACUCUUCUUCUGUACUACAUCAUCAACUUACAGGAUACGUGCCAGUCAUCUAUCUCUUCCUCAUCUGCUGGGAGCUAUGAAUUCUACCUCAUGUCUCUCACCAAUCUACACCCAGCGGAGGACAGCCACUUCCUGUCAGCGGGUGAGAUAGAGAGUAUUCUGCAGCUCAUCAACCAGCACUACGAGCCAUCCAACCAAGAACGUUCUACUCAGUCUGACCUCCAGUGUAUUGACGCUACUCAUCUGCUGGAAGACGCAAAUGAAAAAAAUGAUGCAGGCGCCAGUGUGACGACCGUGCCUAAAGUGGCCGCAGCCAUCAUCACUCACAUCCUGCAGCGUCGCUGUUUCGCUCGGACGAACCUCCCUCCACCUUCCUUCUUCACAAGUUAUAUCUUUCAGUCCCUCAAUCGUACCAGUGACCUGCAAGUUUUAGAUUUGGAAGAGCUGCUUCAUCAACUGGGAGUCGGUGGUGAAGGAAAGAGGCGGAACUCACAGAUAAAGGACGGGUGCAAGCCAGAAAGUGGAGACUGGGCACAGGCCUGCUUUUCAGCCAAUCAGCUGGUGGAUAUUUUUGCUCUGGACCCUCAUGUGCCCAUUUCCAAGGAGCACUUGAGGCAAAUUUGCCCGGCCAUCAUUCAGCAGUUGCUAGGCAAUGUGUGUGAGUCUGCAGAGCCGAAUACCAAAAGAUCUCCACCUACUGCUUUUGAGAAGUUCGGCUACAGCACAGCAGCAGUGCUGCUCAUCACACUGGGCUCCAUGUUCGGCAUCUGCUUGAUCUUCUUCAACUCAUGCCAGGAAACCUACACACUCAUCCUGCAGCUCUUUGUGGGCCUGGCUGUGGGGACCCUCUCAGGUGACGCCCUCCUGCACCUCAUCCCACAGAUCCUCGGCCUUCAUGACCAUGAAGAUAACGAUGACGAGCACCUCGCUGAGCAAAGGGAGUACCUGUGGAAGAUUCUUGGCAUCAUUGCUGGGAUCUAUGGCUUCUUCCUCAUUGAAAGAAUCUUCUCCUUUUUGGUCCCUCAACAUGGCCACGCCCACUCCGGUGACCUUCCCUUAGAGCUCGGCUGCGAUGCUCAUAGAGGAAAGUCCAUGUCCACCAUACAGCUGCAGGGACCAGUAGAGGACUUGGACUGUACAGAAGGAUCUCCUGAGCAUCCAAACAAAGAGAGGCCUUCAAAUCAGAGUAAGGUCAACACACCAGAUGUAGUACUGUGGUCUGUGAUGGUAAACCUUCUCUUUGGGUUCCCAGGACGAGGGGUUCCUCUGCUCGCCAUCAUGGUCAUCGUGGGUGACAGCCUUCAUAAUUUUGCAGACGGCUUGGUUGUCGGCGCGGCCUUCUCCUCGUCGCCCGAGACCGGCAUGGCGACCACCGUGGCCAUCCUUUGCCACGAGGUCCCACAUGAAAUGGGAGACUUUGCGGUGCUGCUCAGCUCCGGACUGCCCGUAAAAACUGCUGUGCUGAUGAAUUUUGUCAGCGCCCUGACCGCCUUCAUGGGCCUCUACAUCGGACUCUUUGUGUCCGCCCAGGUCGAGAUGCAGCAGUGGAUCUUUGCCGUCACGGCUGGCAUUUUUCUCUACUUGUCACUUGUGGAAAUGCUUCCUCAAAUGAGUCGAGUGAGCAGCCGCCAUCCUCGUGUGCUCUUCCUCCUGCAGAAUGCGGGUCUGCUGAUGGGCUGGUCGUGUCUUCUGCUGCUGGCGCUCUUUGAACAUCAACUCACGUUUAAUGAUGGCUGACUUUCACACUUACUGUUUAGAUGAUAGACUUUAUAUACUGUAAGGUACAAAUGCACAAUAAUCAAGCAUUCCGCCUUCCAGUUGUGCUAUUAUUAUUCAUACAAAUGUAUUUCUAUCAGUAUACGUUUACUGCAUACUUACGGCGUCACUAUUUGAGGACGUUUGGUUGUACAAAGUAACCAAAAUAUUGGGUACAGGUAGCUUGUGCAGGUGUGUGCCACAUGUAAAACUGAAUCAAAUACGACUGUGAUUGAACAAAAACUGAUGAUUGUUAUUAUUGUUUCUUAAUUCUGCAGAAAUGGAGCGCUGAUCUGAUGA